UGAAGCGAGUCGGUCCGGGGCAGAGGCGGCUGAAGCUCGGCAGUAACAGACUGUACCAUGGUGCUCAAGCAGUGUCAGUCCGGACUCAAACUCUCCACUUUGAACCGCCUCGAGAAGCGCUGCGACUUCAUCCGGCAGCGCGCGAGGAAGUUCGCGGCUCCGAGUCGAGUCGAGCCGAGUUUCCCGGGCGCCGCGAGAGGAAGACCGGCUGCCGCCACACAGGUGUCCGCCAGAGAGCUCAGCACGUCUGCCAGAGUCUUCCAGUACGACCUGAAGCCAGAUGUGCCGAAGUCUGAAGGCCGGAAGCUGUUUUUUGACACCCAUGCAGUGGUGCGGCUCUUUGAGGACAACGGUUUCACCACCCAGCAAGCUGAAGCGCUGGUCAAAGUGCUGGUGAGGAUGACGAACUCCAACAUGGAUCUCAUUUACGGCGACAUGGUCACCAAAGUGCAGCAGGAGAUCAUGCUGCAGAGGGUGAUGUCUCAAAUCGCAGCUGUGAAGAAGGACAUGAUCAUCCUGGAGAAGAGCGAGUUCACUACGCUGCUGGCAGAGAGUGAGAAACUCAAGAUCCAGUUGUUACAGCUCAAGGUCCAGCUGGCUGAUGUAAUGAAUAAAGUGCGCUCUGACAAUAUUUUGGACAUUAAUUUAGAGAAGAGCCGCGUAAAAGAGCUGAAAGCACAGCAUGAGAAGAAACUUCUAGAAACACGAACAGAGAUUUUGGAAAUGACUGCAGAACAAGACCGCCAUUUGACUCAGACAAACAUGAAAAUCGACACCGAAGUGGCCGGUUUAAAAACAAUGCUGGAGUCUCACAAACUGGACACGAUCAAAUACCUUGCAGGUUCCGUGUUCACCUGUCUCACUGUGGUCUUGGGUUUCUAUCGGAUUUGGAUGUGAAAACGACUUUUAAUCUGAAGUUGAUAUGAGCUGACAUUUGCACUUAAGCUUCAUCCAGACUUGCUGCCUUUUAUAUCUGAUCCUGUUUUCUCUUUUUAUUUUUCAAUUAUCAGUUUGCACCCACCCGUGCCUUGUUAACCAAGCCUCCUCGCCUGGGAAAGUUUAAUCACACUGUGCCUGUUUUUAUUAGUAUUUUUUUUUUUUAUGCCCAGUGCAAUCUAGCUGUUAGAACAAAUCUUGUGUUGUGUGUAAAUGCAGUCUUUCUUUACAUGAAGAUUUGUGUCUACUACAGAAACACAAAUACUGGCACUGCAUUUAAUCAAAGCUGGUCAAACUGAAUUUUUAACGCUGUAUAUAUUUUAUACAUCUAUAUAAGAAGGUCUUAUCAAUGGUGUUACUAACCACAAUAUUCUUUGACAUUUAUUAUUUAUGGUGUGAAUAAAAGUGUGUACU